AUGAGGCUUCUUAUUAGCCUGUCUACUGGACUUACAUUAUGCAUAAAAUUUCAGAAGUUCCCAGUGAAUGGUGAUGCUGAUGGUGUAGUUGCAUCAACACUUUCACAGUUUGCCAAACAUGUGUCUGAAAUGAGUUCUUGGGAGCACAUUGUGGCAACACAGAUUGCAGAUGGAGCAGUUUAUCCUCUGUCAAGAUUUAUUGAUACUGAACUCCAUGAGAUGGAAACUAUGGCAACUCUGUAUCAGGAAGUCCUCCACUUCUGGGGUCACGAGACCCUCAUGCCCCCAUAUAGUGUGCUCUUGUGGCUACCAAGAGUCCCAGCAUAG